UAAAAUGAGCAAGGUAUGGAGAAGGCUGCAGCGUGUUGGUAAAACUGCCUACAAGUUCGAAUUCACCAUAAAAGUACACACUGUUACUCUUGAAUGUGUUUCUGGAUGGACUCCAAAUCAAGUGUCAGUGCUGUGGGUUAGAAGGGGGAGGAAGGUUCGAACUGAGGCAACAUCAUGGACAACCCUACCUGGGAAGGACACGCAAGGAGUUGUAAACUGGCACGCUCUGGAGGCAACCAUCACACUUUACAUGGAUACCAAUUCCCAGAAGAAGAAGUUCGAUGACAAAUACUGGACUCUGAUUGUGGAGAAUAUUGGCCCUAAUGGGAAGCACAAAGCUCUGGCCACUAAGAGGAUCAACAUGUCCCAGAUGGCAGACCCCUCACUUCACCCUCAGGAGACUAGAAGAAAGUACAGGAUGAAAACCUGUUGCUCGUAAAGUUCAUCUGACCGAGCUUCAAGUUACCUUUAUCAGCAAGUUUGAAAGACAAGGUCCAGCAAUGUGAGUCCGAAUUAUCUUUCAUAUUAUUGUACAUUAUACAAUGUACACUAUACAAUUAUACAAUGUACACUAUACAAUAUACAAUUAUACUAUACAACUAUACAAGUAUACAUAAUAUUCUCAUUUCAUCUUCGUACAUACAUGAGUCAUUACACUAUUAUUAGGGGGGGUUCACCCUGAUUUUCUUUCAUUACACUCUAAUUAUUUCACUACAUACCUUCAUUUUCGCAGAUCAUCCAUCCUCUGGAAAUAUCCACCCAUCAUGUGAGUGUUACACUACAUAACAUACUACAUACUACAUACCACAUACUACAUAGUGCAUACUACAUACUACAUACUACAUACUACAUACUACAUACUACAUAUUACAUACUACAUACUACAUACUACGUAUUGCAUACUAUAUACUACAUACUACAUACUACAUACUACAUACUACAUACUACAUACUACAUACUACAUACUAAAUACUACAUACUGCAUACUACAUACUACAUACUACAUACUACAUACUACAUACUACAUACUAAAUACUACAUACUGCAUACUGCAUACUACAUACUACAUAACACUCUAUCACGGAUUAUUUAUAU